GAUGAGGUGCAAAAGUCUAAAGAAUAUUUCAAUUGUUCAAGUGAAGCAGAGGAAGCUCCUGCUUGGAAAAAACAAGAGGGAUACCUCAAUUAACGAACGUAUUUCACGUGACGAAUAUUCUAUGAAUUUAUCUGAACUAGAGACUGAACGGUUUACAAUGAGAUCGACACGUCUUACGGAUUCUGAUCUUAGUCCUUCGAAGAAGAGGAAGAAGACCAUAAAGUAUCCAACCUUGAAAGAACAUCCACUUUUUUAUGACUUGAGUGGCAGCGAUGUUGAGAAAUACGAGAUCUUUAAGGAAACUGCUCAUGAAUGUUUCUCGAACAUCUAUUGAGAAGAUCCUGAAGUCCAAAGAACCUGCUUGAAUGAUAUCACUCUGCUCAGAUUCUGCAUCGCAAGGAACUUUAAGCACAAGGCUGUUCUUAAAAUGUGGACGAAAUGGGUCGAUUGGUAUAUGGACUAUCGCCCAGAUUUAAUCACAAACCAGGAAAUUAGGCAUCUACCUCUGACUAAGUACUUCAAGAUCCAUAAGACAGAUCAAGAGGGACGAUCCCUUGUUGUCCUAAGACCUGGUCUUAUUGACGAAAAUCUGGACUCAGAUGAUGCAAUGCUGGUGUGUUUGUAUAUCAUUGAAAAAGCUAUCAAAUAAAUCAGAAAGGAAAGCCGACGGCAAAAUUUCCGUAAUUUUUGACCGUAAAGGAAUGAGCCAGAAGAAAGACAAGAAGUGGCUAGGCACUUAUAAGAAGAUGAGCCAACAUUUACAGGACUAUUACCCCGAAAGACUCCAAAAUGCUUUCAUUGUUAACUCAAAUUGGGUGGUCCAUUUAAUAAUAUCAAUGAUGAAAAUGUUCUUAUCUAAGGCCACUAAAGAUAAAUUAUGAAUCAUUAAGAAAAACAGCAAGCUUCUCGAUUACAUCGAUUUCGAGAACGUCCCUGAAGAUCUUCAAUAAGGGAAACCAGCAAAAUAAUUUUUAAUACUUAAC